ACAUCGCAACAAGAAUCAGCUGUCUGAAGAAUAAAGAAAGAAAGAUACCCCCCUUUGUGAUCGGUUACUACCAGUAAAGGGCUUUCUAAUUCCAUUCCACUAGCACAAAUUUAGCUUAAUUUUCUAUGACUUAUUGAUCUGUGAAGUAACAUGGAAGCUGAAGCAAACGAUCUCGUCUAUUACCUGAUUUUCUUGUUAAUUGUAUUUUUCAUCUCAGUUGGUUACUUUUUUGUUUAUUCGGGGCUAUUUGCUACUAUUGAAAUCAGAGCUCAACGCCCUCCCUUUACCAAUUUGCGUAUUGCUUAUAAAUUUGCCCGAGGACCAUACAAAAACGCAGGUCACCUCUUUACAGAAGCACAUAGCUUAAUACCUGAUUUGAAAACCAUAGGAAUAUACUAUGAUGAUCCACAACAGGUGAACCCAUCAGAGCUGAGAUAUUGUGUUGGAGUAAUUCUAUCUGAAGGAGAAUCUGAACCUGACAAUGCUCAUCUUUCUACUUUUCUUGAGCACGGUUUCAAGGAAUUAGUUUUGCCAGCAGUAGAUCAUGCUGUACUUACAACUUUUCCUUUCAAUAACACUGUAUCCAUUUUUAUUGGAGUAGCACGUGUGUACCCUAAACUUGCUGAAUAUAUCAAGGAAAGCAAUCUGUGUGCACAUCCUAUGAUAGAAAUUUAUGAAAAUGAUAAGAUUGUCUUCAUGUCACCUCUAUCUAGACAGGAUGAAUUUUAUGUUGAAGAAACCCUAGAAGCUGAUGAAUUAGCAAACUCAACUGUUGAUGUGUCAGAAAAUCAAGAUUCAGAACUUGCACAAGAACCAAGCCAUCACCAGUAUGAUCACACUGAAGAUGAACAAGAAGAAAUUGAGAAAACAGAAAUCAAUGGAGUAGAAGAUAGUGAUUCGGGAUCAUCUUUUGAAGAAUUGAAUCAUUCAUAAAUCAUCCUAAAAUAUUUCUGAUAGAUUGUACUCUUCUAGUGGACUACAGGCUUUUUCUCUACUCAUUUAAUGAGUUUUAAAUAUUUCUGUGUAUGUUUACACUACUGCGUACUGCGUCUUGUAAAACAAUCCUAGCUCCUGAACCAUUCAGUGUAUGAUGUUCUUUUGGGAGUAAGAUAAUAAAGUAAACCUCCUUACUCCAAAAA